GGCUGGGCGAGUCUGGUGCUUUAUCUGGCUGUGCGGCCGGGCAGCCGGCGUUGCGGGUCCAGAGCUGCCGGACGUCUUCUGGAGGCUGACCUCCCUGCUGCUCAGGCUCUCGCGGGUUUCCGACUGUCCUUUCGUCUCGGCGGAGGCCGCCGCACUCCGGCGGGCUCGGGCCUCAGACAGUGCAAUGGUGGGUAAAGAGAUGUCUCCAAGAAAGCGGCUGUCGAAGGCCAGUGAAAAUCUGGAGAAAGAAGACCAGAGAAACUCUACAGAGGAGUCCCUAGAGACAUUUAGAAAUGGUCAAAUUGACAUAAAACAGUUGAUAGCAAAGAAGAGACAAUUGGCAGCAGAGGCAGAGCAAUUGAAGCCACUUUUUUUAAAGGAAGUUGGUAGUCACUUUGAUGAUAUUGUGACUAGUCUCAUUGAAAAAUCUGCCUCAUUAGACAAUGGUGGAUGUGCUCUUACAACUUUUUCCAUUCUUGAAGAAAUGAAAAACAACCACAGAACUAAAGAUAUAAGAGCACCUCCAGAGCAAGGAAAGAUUUUUGUUUCAAGACGCUCUCUCUUGGAUGAGCUGUUUGAAGUGGACCACAUCAGAACAAUAUAUCACAUGUUUAUUGCUAUUCUCAUAAUCUUCAUCCUCAGCACUCUUGUAGUUGAUUACAUUGAUGAAGGAAGUAUUGUUUUUAUUUUUACUCUGAUUCGUUUGAUAAUGAAGGCCCAUUCAUUUGUCAGAGAGAAUGUGCCAAGGGUACUAAGCGCAGCCAAAGAGAAGUCAAGCACAGUUCCAAUACCCACAGUCAGCCAGUACUUAUACUUCUUGUUUGCUCCUACACUUAUCUACCGUGACAGCUAUCCCAGAACUCCCACUAUAAGAUGGCGUUAUGUUGUUAUGCAGUUUGCACAGGUUUUCGGCUGCCUUUUUUAUGUGUACUAUGUCUUUGAAAGGCUUUGUGCGCCAUUGUUUGGGAAUAUCAAACAGGAGCCCUUCAGCGCUCGUGUUCUGGUCCUGUGUGUGUUUAACUCCAUCUUGCCAGGUGUGCUGAUGAUGUUCCUUUCUUUCUUUGCCUUUUUGCACUGCUGGCUCAAUGCCUUUGCUGAGAUGUUACGAUUUGGUGACAGGAUGUUUUAUAAGGAUUGGUGGAAUUCUACAUCAUACUCUAACUAUUAUAGAACCUGGAAUGUAGUAGUCCAUGAUUGGCUCUACUACUAUGCUUACAAGGACCUUCUUUGGACAGUUGAUGCUCACUUAUUAAAUAUGACAGAAGAUAUUGAAGGCCUUUCAUCUGAUGGCUUGUGUUUUGAAAAUUAUGUUUUUCCUUUUCUAUCUGUAGUGGCUUUCAACUUCAUUGUCAAUGAUACUCGAAAAAGGCCAAUUUGGAACAUUCUGAUGUGGGCUUCCCUUUUCUUGGGGCAGGGAGUAAUUGUUUGCUUUUAUUCUCAAGAAUGGUACGCACGUCAACACUGUCCUCUGAAAAAUCCCACAUUUCUGGAUUAUGUCCGGCCACGUUCCUGGACUUGUCGUUACGUGUUUUAGAAGCUUGGAUUUUAUUUCCUUGUCACUGAAGAUUUGACUGUUCUGCCUGAUUUGGAGCCAGCUGUUUCCAGCUGUUACUGAAGUUGGGACCACUCCAGCCUUUAUACAGCACUCACUCCAUUCCUUGUCUACCUGAAUCUGGCUGUUGAAAGUUCACUGGAAUCUUACAUUCUUUUUUUUUUUUCCUUUUUGAGAGAACAGAGACUUGUGGCUGAGCUUAUGACAGAUUUUUUUGCUGGGUCAUCUCAGCUUACAUCCUGGUGAUACCUGUUUCAUAACUCUUCAGUCAGCAUCUCGAUAUCUCAUUUUUUUGGCUACUGAAAUUAUCCAAAAACACUUAGGAAGAGCAAAAUCAUUAAGUACCUCUAGCUUAGAUGUUUUUCCAUGCACACUGGAGGAAGUUAUGCUAAUUAAACAUGCAAUUGGGGAAAAGAGAAAUAACAUGGAACAGUUUUUGCUAUUUGUAGUAUAAAAGGAAAAUAUUUUCCAGAGAUGAUCCCAUUAUAUACCUUAUUUUGUAUUGGUUUUAAAGUUCAAGCCUUUAGCUUUUUCCUUCUGUGCAAUUUUUGUGAAGCAGUUAUUUGCCUUUCCCCUUCUUGAGUUUGUGUCCAUAAUAUGUUGAGGCGGAUCAGAGUUGGAAGGGAAAAAGAAAUGCACAGGAGAAAAAAGUUAUUUUCUCUUAUAGUUUAUCAUGUAAUUUACGUAGCAGAUUUUUUAACUUUAAUAAUUUAUUUGAAGUUAGAAAUAACCUUUGAUACCAUUAUUUUAUUGUCUAAUAAAUACUGACUUACCAUCAAUGGUUUUGCAGACUAGUGAGUCUGUAACAUAAAUAUUAAUCACCUUUUUAUUAAUACUCAAGCAAUCAUUAGGAAUCCAGAAGCAGGCUUCUGAAGCAUUUGCUCAAUGGUUUUAUGGUAGUAUAUUUUUAGAUGAAAAAAAUUAAUGUGAUUAUAUUUAAGGAAAUUUAUUCUGUAUGAUAUUUCCAGGUUAUAAUAUGCCCACUCUGAAAACAGUGUGGGGAGUAGGGAUUGUUUUGUCUUUCUGUAUGAGAUAUGCUUAUGUUCAAGAGACUGCAUUAGAAGGGAUAUCAGAGACCAUAUAUAUAACUUUCUAUCCAAAGAAGCAAGAUUUAUGAAUUAUUCAAAAAGUUAUUACUAAUUGGGGCAUCUAUUUGACUUUUUUUUUUGGAUUUGGGAAAUCUUGUGGAAUUGCUUUAAAGACAGUUGGAGUCUCCCAAGAAGAUAAUGUUUCAUCAGUCACAUGUAAUAUGGAUCACAAGCAUCCAGCUUCAUCAUCCACUUUAUUCAGCCUACCUUUGAGCCAGAUAAGUUGAGGAAGUUUUCACCCUCAACAACACACUUGCACCCUAAGGGAGAUUAUUUUUAAGUAUUCCAUGUGCUUCCAAUAAGUAAUGUUCUGCACAAUACUGUAAGUGAAUGGAACCAUACAUAGCCUCCAAAAGGAUUCUGGCAUUUAUUUCUGAAAAUCAAAAUGAAUCAGUCACUUAAAUCUUAACUAUGUUUGUAAUAUAAUGAAAUAAAUAGUUCUAAUAAAUGGUUAUCAGCCAGUCUUUUGAAGGAAUAAAAACGGAAUUUUUAGGUGUACAUUUUUGUUAGUACUAAAUGUACACUCUCAUGAGAGGACUUUGUCGUUCUGUAGUGGCUCUGAAUGUCUUUAUUUGUUGGACUGAGGCAAGCUGUUACUUCCUUUUUUUAAAGGCAGUACUAAAGUUUGAAGCCAGAGACAUUCUACCAUUGAUCUGUGUUCCUACUCCUUUUAUUUUACUUUAUUUCUUUUCUUUUUUUUUUUUUCAUUUUUUCCCUGAGACCUGAUGUGGACUCACUAUAUGGCCCUUAGGCUGGCUUGAACUUGCAAAAAUGCACCUGCUACAGCCUCCCAAAUGCUGGUAUUAGAGGCGUGCACCACCAUGCCC